CACACCAGAGCGAGCGAGAGAGCAGCGAGAGAGGGAGGGAGAAAAGGAAAGGAGAGAAGAGGGGAGGGGUGGGGGGGAGAGGUAAAUAGUCUUAAAUCGGAAGGGAGCUGCUUCUCUGUGGUCUUGACAAGCGCUGCCUGGGCUCCGCCGGCUCAGUAAUAACUGAGUGACCUUUUAUUUGGCUGUCUUAUGUCUGGCUGGGAAGGGAUUGCAUUUUGCAGCUGAGAGCCGGGGCUGCCUCAGCUCGGUUCCUCGCACGCUGCUGGGGUAAGUUGUCUUCAGCCAGGACGGAGAGAGACAACCUCGGACUGCAGUUGCCUAAAAAGAGGACACCUGUGGCUCAGAUGCGGUCAACAUCGUUACUUGGCGGAUCCUUCAGGACCUCAUUAUUUUAAACUUAAAAAAUAGCGAUUCCCUCCCCCUCUUUUCUUUCUUUUUCUUUCUUUUUUUUUUUUUUUCAAACAAUGCUUCUUUUUGACCUUUCCCAAGGAGAAGCGCUACAAAGCAGCCACUGUGCUUACUGAACAGCCUCCCCCUGUAUCGCUUAAUUGAGAAGGUAUACAAAUGCUCUCAGUCCAGCCAGACACCAAGCCGAAAGGUUGUGCUGGCUGCAACCGAAAGAUCAAGGACCGGUAUCUUCUAAAGGCACUGGACAAAUACUGGCAUGAAGACUGUCUGAAGUGUGCCUGCUGCGACUGUCGCUUGGGAGAGGUGGGCUCCACCCUGUACACUAAAGCUAAUCUUAUCCUUUGUCGCAGAGACUAUCUGAGGCUUUUUGGUGUAACGGGAAACUGUGCUGCCUGUAGUAAGCUCAUCCCUGCCUUUGAGAUGGUGAUGCGUGCCAAGGACAAUGUUUACCACCUGGACUGCUUUGCAUGUCAGCUUUGUAAUCAGAGAUUUUGUGUUGGUGACAAAUUUUUCCUAAAGAAUAACAUGAUCCUUUGCCAGACAGACUACGAAGAAGGUUUAAUGAAAGAAGGCUAUGCACCCCAGGUUCGCUGAUCUAUCAACAUCACCCCAUUAAGAAUACAAAGCACUACAUUCUUUUAUCUUUUUUGCUCCACAUGUAUAUAAGAAUUGACACAGGAACCUACUAAAUAGCGUAGAUAUAGGAAAACAGGAUGGUUAUAUGGAAUAAAAGGCGGACUGCAUCUGUAUGUAGUGAAAUUGCCCCAGUUCAGAGUUGAAUGUUUAUUAUUAAAGAAAAAAGUAAUGUACAUAUUGCUGGAUUUUUUUUUUUUUUUUUUUUGCUUGCUAUUUGUUUUUGUGUCACUUGGCAUGAGAUGUUUAUUUUGGACUAUUGUAUAUAAUGUAUUGUAAUAUUUGAAGCACAAAUGUAAUACAGUUUUAUUGUGUUACCAUUUGUGUUCUGUUUGCUUCUUUGUAUUGUUGCAUUUAGUACAAUCAGUGUUUAAACUUACUGUAUAUUUAUGCUUUCUGUAUCUACCAGCUAUUUUAAAUGAGCUGCAACUUUCUAGUAAAGAAUUGAAAAGCAAAUCUCACUAAUGAUACGCAUAUAGAUAAAGCAAGUCUAUCAGCAUUAAAAAUACUAAAAAAAGUAAAGACACGCACACAUACACACACAGCAUUUUAGAAACAUCCUCUACUUAUUGACACUAUGAUAUAAAGUCUAUCAGUGUUCUCAUUAUAACUCCCUAUUUUCAGGGGGUUAAAGAUCAGCUUUAAAAAAAUGCAUAAAAAUUUCAUCUCAAAGCACUUUCAUUUUAUACCAAUGUGAAAAGUGCCAUUUUUAGAAUAACUUUAAUGUUUAACAGUUAUCCUUUUAAUAUACUUUUGUGUGUGUGUGUGCUCUUUAACUAUACAAUGGCUUUGUUUUUGUUUUUGUUUUACAGCCAUUCACCCCUUAUGUGAACUAGUGCCUUUGGGUAUUGUAAAAAUUUUUCCAAAGGGUUACUUUAAAGAAAUGUUACCACAUUUAUGAAAUAACUGAAAAAUGAUACAUUUCUUAUACAAAUUUUGCCCAGGUCUCUCCACAGUGGCUAGAGGUUUAGUAACAUCAUGAAUUAAUAAAUUUAUGACACUAAGAAGAUUUGAGUGUGAAUCUAUUGAAACCAUGUUAACAGACAUAGAAGCUAUGAUCAUAUUUGAGCAGUGAGGUUAGUUUGGUCAGGCAACAAAAUGCCCAUGGAAUAUUCUAGAAGAAGAGAAACAAAGGGAUUGAUAAAAAGCUGAAAACUAGUGAUGAUUAUAUAUUUUUCUGUAUUUGCCUGCCAUGUAUUGUAAUGCCAAAAAGUGAACACUUUAAAAGUUUGACAUGUCUUACUCUCUCAUUGCUUUCUUUAAGUAAUUACCCACUCAGAAUACCUCUCACUUAGGCUGAAAUCUGUCAUUUUAUUUUUUAAAGGUGAAAUAUUAUUCCCUUACUUACAUGAUAGCUGAUAAAGAAGAAAGGUUUCUGGAAUUAGAAAUUAUGGAAAUGAUUACUUAAAUUGCAAUUAAGGAAGUAAUAAGAAUGAAAAUAUAAUCCCUUUUCUUGGUUGCUCACACUUUGCUCCUUUGCCUCCACUCCCUGUAAUCAGACUUUUCAACAAAUCUAAUUCCACACAGGCACAGUGAAGCAUUUUUGCUAGAGCAAAUUUAGUGCUAUGGAUUUUUGUCUUUUCUUCUUCUUGAUCAUUUGUAUAGAAAACAAUUCCCAGUGUUAUUUGCAUACAUAUUUUGUCCUGACAAUAUAUACAUUACAGAUAAAGAUGAAUUGUUAUACCUAAAUUCUUUUGGGGGGGGGCCAAAAUAUUAAGCUAAAAAUAAUGCUGGUGUGGAUUUGAAUUGUUUUUAAACAAAGUUAUAUCAUGAACAUGCAUGUGAGUCUGGGUAUUGCCUCUCAUUCUUAUGAAAAUGGUUCUGUGAAAAGUGAAUGAUAUGUAUUUUUAUAAAUGCUUCAUGGUUAAGAGUGUUCAAGUCACAUAUCCCCCCAGUCUGAAGUGUACUGAAGAAAUAAUUUCAAAAACAGCUAUUAUUUUAGCCUUCGAGCCUUACAUUUGUUUCAUGAAAAGACUUGCAGAGCAAAAGAAACAGAAGAGGAGGGGAUAAGGAAGAAAUGGGUUCCAUAAUACUGCUCCUAGUCCCCACUGAGAGUUGUUUGAAAUUCAUGUGGAUAUGAAGUUUUAACUGUCAGUAUCUUUUCAAGUGAUUUUUAAAGACAUAAGCAGUUCUGCAUAUGUUUAUCAGUAUGUCAAAUUAUUGUAAAUUGGGAAAAUAAUUUCAGCUUUUUUGAGGCUGUUUAACUAUCCUCAACAUCCAAAGACUAAAUUAGGGUUUUACUGCUUUUCCUUUUGUCUAAUCCUUUAGAAAUUAAUUCUUUCUUACACUUUUUACUACAAACAAAAGUACUCUUCUGGAUUAAAGAUUAAGGCCUUAAUCUUCAUAGAUUAUUAUCUUUAAUCUCUAUGAAAUUGUGAAACGACAAAAAUCAUUUUUCAGCUGUAGAGCAUAUUACAGCUAAUUGCCCAUAAAUAGUAACAUUUUUGACCUGAAGUACUAAGCUAAAUGUCUUAACUACUCAAAAUCCCUGAAUUGUCGUCAGCUUUCCUCUUUGUGUUGUGUAACCCUGACGUCACUUUUAGCUUGUUAUUUGAUGCCUCCAGUAGGACACCUCUGAUAGAGCUUUGAUUUUUCAAGCAGAGAAGGCUCCAUUCCCAACACGCAUCUCACAUAGACUGCCUAUGAUGAAGGACCUGGCCCCUCCACUCCACCAGAGUGCUGGCUGAGUUUAAAAGCUGACCUGUGUUUGUAAUUUCACUUUCAUCUUGCUUAAUAAAUAUCUGCUGGAUUCUUUCAUUCAUUUUUUAUAUUUGAAUUUAUGUUUUUAAUAAAAAGGGGUAUUGCACU